AGCAGGUGGGGGUGCUCCCAUCGGCACUGAUCAGUCAUAUCGCUCAGUGCGCGCCUGGCCGCCCGCCGCCUCAGUCGCCCGAAACGUCAGGCAGUCGAAGGGCAGACAUCGGACUGCUCGUAGUGUCGGGUAGUGUUGGUAGUGCAGUGGUGACUAUUCCAGUGCACUUCUUCCGCGGUGCGAUUGUUUCGAACUAACUUGCAUUGUGUUUCGUGCUUUCGCAUUGGCAAUGUCGAUGAUUUGAUCAGACCCGAGUUUUUGUCGACAAUUAUCGGAAGUGAGCAGGGUGACCUUCAGUGGUGUGGCCUCGGACCUAAAGCGUGUCCACUGCGACUGAGCGUUUCUUGAAGUGAGCCACCGUUGGUCAUAAUCAGAAGUUUGAUCAACAAAACGCUGUCCUGAUUCGAAUGGUGGAGUAAAUACUGGGUAUCCGCCCCACGAUCCGUGGUUAGAACGCUUGUGUGUCUCUCUGCGAACCCACACCUCCGGCGGUGGACGCGCGACUGAGCCUCAUCCGCCGACCGCUGACACCCGCGGCUGCUCUCCGGCUCUCCGGUGGGGAGACUGCCGGCAGCAUGGGUCUGCUCCCAGUACCGCCCUCGGAGCGCGAUGCCGUGAGAAAGAAGGGAAAAUCGAAGGAAGUGUACAUCCACGAACCUGCAGUGCUGAUCGAGGGCGUGCUGUUCCGCGCGCGCUACCUGGGCUCCACGCAGCUGGUCUGCGAGGGUCAGCCCACCAAGGCCACCCGGAUGCUGCAGGCCGAGGAGGCCGUCUCCCGGAUCAAGGUGCCUGACGGAGAGACCCAGCCGAGCACGGACGUCGACCUCUUCAUCUCAACCGAGAAGAUCAUGGUGCUCAACACCGACCUCAAGGAGAUAAUGAUGGACCACGCGCUGCGCACCAUCUCGUAUAUCGCCGACAUCGGCGACCUGGUGGUACUGAUGGCCCGGCGCCGGGUCACUGCCGACAUCACCAGCGAGCUGCACACCAUGCCCAAGAUGAUCUGCCACGUCUUCGAGAGUGACGAGGCUCAGUUUAUCGCGCAGUCCAUCGGGCAGGCCUUUCAGGUGGCCUACAUGGAGUUCCUCAAGGCCAACGGCAUCGAGGACCACAGCUUCGUCAAGGAGAUGGACUACCAGGAGGUGCUCAACUCGCAGGAGAUCUUCGGCGAGGAGCUGAAAAUGUUUGCCAAAAAGGAGCUGCAGAAAGAGGUGGUGGUGCCCAAACAGAAGGGCGAGAUCCUGGGCGUGGUGAUUGUGGAGUCCGGCUGGGGCUCGCUGGUACCCACCGUGGUGAUUGCCAACCUGGCGCCGGCCGGCGCCGCCGCCCGCUGCGGCCAGCUCAACAUCGGAGACCAGAUCAUCGCGCUCAACGGCAUCAGCCUGGUGGGCCUGCCGCUGGCCAGCUGCCAGACCUACGUCAAGAACGCCCGCCAGGCCACCGUGGUGAAGCUGACGGUGGUGCCGUGUCCACCGGUGGUGGAGGUGCGCAUCCGGCGGCCCGACACCAAGUACCAGCUGGGCUUCAGCGUGCAGAACGGCGUCAUCUGCAGCCUGCUGCGCGGCGGCAUCGCCGAGCGCGGCGGCGUGCGCGUCGGACACCGCAUCAUCGAGAUCAACAGCCAGAGCGUGGUGGCCGUGCCGCACGAGCGUAUCGUCAGCCUGCUGGCCACCUCGGUCGGAGAGAUUCACAUGAAGACGAUGCCGACGUCGUUGUUUCGCCUGCUGACGGGCCAGGAGUCGCCCGUGUACAUCUGAUGCGGCCGGCCGGGCCCGUGCCGGGCACCUGAUCCGCCGUUCCUACGCGCCUCUAGUCAGCCGCGCGGCCGCCGGGGGACCGGCCGGCCGGCGCCACAUCUCUCUAUAUCACGGCCGGCGGCCGCCUGUGAUACGUGACCGCGACAAGUGCCAUACGCAGGGUCGGCCCGCUCCGACUCCGACUCCGACUCCGGCCCGACUCCGGGGCCGAUUGUGGCCCAGUUGAGGCCGAGAGGCGCCGGCGCGUCCGACCGCCGCCGCCGCUGGUCGCCGGCGAGACGCCGCAUUGUUUUCUCUGUUGGUUGGUGUGGGACCGUAUCAGCGUAUGUACGUUUGUGCAUGUGUGUGCCCCUGUGCGUGUGAAGGUGUGUGCGUGUGUGCGUGGGCAGGCGUUGGUCAGGCUCGGAGAGGGCGCUGGCCAGGUGUUGUUUCCCGCCGAGUGGCGCGGUCGGCGCCGGCCGCCCGGGCUGCGGGGCGGACCGUUGGAUACAUUGGAAGUGAUAAGUACAAUGUGGCGUGGUCUGGUGCGUGUCCGAGUGCCGUCGGGCCGGCCGGCGGCGGCCGGCGGCUGUUGUGUGACGCUGUCAUAUCCAGGGAGCGGGGAGCUCCGCGAGCACGGGUCGCCGCGGCGCCGGCUCACACCGACCCCGCCGAAUAGUGUGGAAUAAACCCUAUCGUUGGAUA